GUUGAAAGUGGUCUGUGCGCCGCAACUUGACUUCAUCGUGUCCAACGACAUUCCCUCCCUUCUUACUACUGCGCACAAUCAAAAGGCUACAUCUCUCGAGCCAGUGCCAUCACCGCAAUUUCCCUCACUUUAAUGGACAACUCGUAGAUCAGGCCAGGUAAGGCGAAUUCCAAAUCUGCUUAACGACGCGCCCAUUGCCCCGUUUGCUCUGCAAGAUGCCGUUUGCAUGGCCCUGUGCAACCACCGUGCAUGCGUAUCCCACAAUUUGUGUCAUUGGCGGUUUUUAUUCCCCUUUCCUCCACAACAUGUUACCUGUCUUUCCCAUCUCCUCUUCUUGACUUUUCACCCAUCAUCACCACCCCCUCAACAUGGCAACGAACGGGCAAGAGCUCGACGAGUGCAGCAACUGCCGCGCCACGCAGUCCACCGAUGGCACGCCUCUCUCCACCUGCGCCAAAUGCCACUCCAGAAAGUACUGCAGCUGCACCUGUCAAGCCGAGCGCUGGCCCUUCCACAAGACCUUCUGUGGCAAAACGCCCAUCCAGGCGGUAGACGACCGCUCACCCCCCACCGAGCAAAUGCGCGGCUAUGGCAUCGUCACCACACCCCUGCCAUCCCUGUCCCCAGAGUAUCGCAACGUCUGCGGUCACCACAUGUGCACCUCCGCCCCCUCAUCGUGGGUGCACAAUGCCCCAGUCUGGAUUGAUGUCCCCAUCAGCACCGCUGUCGGCAUGCCCAUGCGUAUGCUGGCGGCGCCAGUGACCAGCGCUCUGCGCGCCUUCACCAACGGGACGGUCAACGCUCUGGGCAUCGACAUCGAUCCGACUUCGGCCACCUUCGGCGAGAUCCACUGGGCUUCCAAUCAACCGCCCAUGGGCGAGUGUCUCCUGGUUCGCGUCGAUGGGCGAACAUUUCACAUGACGCACGUUAUGGCGCUGUAUCGCUAUGCCCGCGAAAAGGCCUCGGGGCGAUCAAAGCGGCUACCAGGCAGGAGGCGGCGGGGAAGACGGUGGACAGGCAGGCUCUUGUGGCAAAGUACCUGAGUCCCAAGGGGUUCAAGAUCUUCUUCGAAGAGAUGAAGGCGGCGGAGAUUGGGAGCGAUCCGACGGCGUGGGAGGGCGUGGAGUGUCCGGUGGAGGUGGUUUGAGGGGUGAGGCAACAAUGGCAUGGCGGAGGUGCGCCGAAUACCGGAGCGAGACCUUGAGAGAGCAUGCAGCAUGUGACAGUGGCCAAUGCGCCUUCCAGUUUGUGAAUGUGGCAAAUUCGCGUUCCUUCCCUUUUCAGCACUUCUCGCACAUUCUCUUCCUCCCACGAACCUUCUCUU